AUGGUAGAGCUUCUAGGCCUCGUUGCAAGCGUUAUCCAGGUAGCCGGUGCAGGAGUCCAGCUGUCCAAGACGUUGUACGAAUAUGUCGAUGGAGGUGUAACUGCGGAUCGUAGGAUCAAAGAUAUUGCUUCUGAGAUCAAGAUGACAAUCAUUGUGAUUGAAGAGCUGGGAGAUGUGUUCAAGCACGAAGAGACGGCGUCACUGGUGUCCAAGAAAGCAGUGAAAACCGCGAACGACACAAUCAUAGAGUGCUCUGCUCUCUUCGCUCAAAUUGAUGCUACACUCAAGAAGAGCAAGAAGAACGCAUUCGGCCGGUUGAUCCUGCCUUUCCGUGACACGAAGCUUGAGCUCUUGCGCAGUCACGUCGACAAAUUGAAGAGCACGUUGCAGCUUUUGAUGAAGGUUCUCACGCAUGCAUAUCAAGUUCCGUCAAGGAAACUGGACCGUGUAGCAGAAGAACGGCAGCGUGAGGAGAUCAAGCAGUUACUGCAGAAGAAGGGCCAGUCAACUGAGAAACACGACGACCUUCUGCGCAAGGACAGCGCAAGCCCAGACAGCACUCUCGUUGAUAUGGACGGAUUGGUGCGACUCCAGAUCCCGUCAUGGCUGUCGCGACUUGCGCAGAUCACGUUCGCACUCUUUUGA